UAAGAAUAAAACUGCACAAGGGUUCGGUUCACUCUGUCCAUCGAUCUGCUCAGACAUGUCCAAUAACCCGUGAAAGAAGAAGAAGAAGAUGAGUGACUUGACUUGACAUGCCAUUCUUUUUUCCCCUUUCAUCUUUCUCUGUUGGUAUUGGUAGAUUGGCGUAAAUACGUAAACGCAUUCUGCUCCUACCUUCCCGACUUCUCUUUCUCUGACCCCACCAGAUGACUCCUCACACCUCACACCUCAUAUCUCAAUAUAUAGAUGGAUCUACUACAUGCACCUAACCUACCUUCCCAAAAGCUUUAUUUCUUUGCUAUCCGCACGAAACUAUCCUAUCAGGGAAAAACCCCAUAUCUUGAAAAAGGUGCAGCAUAUACACCUCUCCAUUUUUUAGUUAUCGCUCGUUUUUUUUCUUGGUGCUUUUAUCGUUGUAACCCAUCGCUGUGUGUAGGAUCACCUAAACCCCAAUUCAAAAAAUAA